CAGAGGUGGACGCGUCGUCUUUACGGAGAGAGCUGACCUGCUUAGUGCGCACUGACAGUGCAAACGGAAUGAAAAGCCAGAGCAAAUAGAGCAGCAAGUUUUGUGGGACGCGAAUCUCUCUGCCCGGUUUUCUUUUUCACUGAGCGUCAUCCUGGUGCAAGGCUUCAGGUUGCACAGAGGAGUAGGCUACAAGUUUCCAAUGGACAGAUACUUGGAGACGGAUGGCGCAACAAGCAUGGGAUUAUUUUUGUAAUGUGGAUUGCUAUUCCUUUGCAAGAAAAUAAAGGUCCGCUGCGGAACAAUGUGAGACGUUAUGCGUCUUGGAUUCUCGUUUUUCUGGAUAUCUUGAAAACCAUUGGCAACAGUUGAGAAGGAAGAAGUUAUGCGCAAAGGAUCGUAUGUUCCGACCCUGGGACCAACAUGGAUUUGCCUUUAAAACCCCCUGCCCCUUAUUUAGAGAAUUUUUAGCCGGUCCACUUGUGUUAUUGUUGUUGUACUUGUUGUUGUAAACUUCAUGCUUGUGGACAAAUCGCCACACUGGGCUCUUGGAUUUUGAAACGUCGCCUGCCAUUGGAUUGGAUUUCCAACACCAUGAACUUUAUUGACAGUUUGACACUAUUAUUUCUGACGCUGUCAGCUGUCAAGAGUGCCCACAUACCGAAGGACGCAGAAAGAGGUCCACAUGACGUGAUCCCUUUAAUGGAGGUGUACAACAAGAGUUUGUGUAAGCCUCGGGAGCUGCUGGUGGAGAUUCUGCAGGAGUAUCCGGAGGAGGUGGAGCACAUAUUCAUCCCGUCCUGCGUGGUGUUGACGCGCUGCGCCGGCUGCUGCAAUGACGAGAUUAUGCAGUGCACGCCUACAUCCACCUAUAACAUUACUAUGGAGAUUAAAAGAAUAAAACCCCAAAGGCAACAAAAUGAUAUUUUCAUGAGUUUUACAGAGCACAGUGCAUGUGAGUGUAGGUUAAAGAAAGAAGUGAAAGAACAGAGAGAAAAAAAACCCCGGAAAGGCAAGGGCAAAGGCCAAAAGAGAAAACGAAAGAAAAACCGUGACAAAACAAUUCACGAUGCUGUUUGUGAGCCAUGUUGUGAUCACUGCUCAGAAAGGAGAAAGCGUUUGUUCGUGCAGGACCCUGUGACCUGUCGGUGCUCCUGCAAACACUCAACGGAAUACUGUAAAGAUCGCCAACUAGAGCUCAAUGAGAGGACCUGCAAAUGUGACAAGCCAAGAAGAUGAGAGAGGUGGUAGCACCAGAUGUACAAGAUGAAGGAAUAUUCUAGAGAUAUUUCAUAGCACAGCACUUUGACCUUUAAACCGUAAGCUCUUUUCUGUGGAAAGCAUUCCCCUUGGACUGACAGAACAAAAAGAAAAACUGAACUGAAGUUUCCUCCCACUGUAUAUCUGUGUGUAUAUAGACCAUGAUAAAAAAAAUAAGUACAGAAUUGUUAUGCUGCUACAAAUCAAAAAACUAAACCCAUCAUUUGAUGAAAAAGCAAAAUAGUCGCCAUGUGGUUUUGUAUUCUAACAGGCUUGCAAUACAGUUGUAGUUGUGUUGUCAAUUCAAUGUAUGCAAUUAAUUCACUGGAUAUGAAUCUACUGUGGUUUUGUGUCAGUCAUAAAGUACAAAACCUCUUGAUCUAAGAUACAGUGCAUCCGGAAAGUAUUCACACCCGUUCACUUUCCCCACAUUUUGUUAUGUUACAGCCUUAUUCCAAAAUUGAUUAAAUUCCUUUUUUCUCAUCAAUCUACACACAAUACCCCAUAAUGACAAAGCA